CCCCCUUACAACGGCACGGACUAGUAUAUACACAAACCGUCCAAACCUCAAAAAGAUUCCGACUUUUUCAGCAACUUUUCACUCCAUAGAUUUUAAAAGGAUGUCGUCCCAGAACCAACACCACCACCGCACGAGCCAGAAUGACAAGAGCUCGACCAAGAUCAUCCCUUCCAAGGACAUGGAUCCCUUUCCGGACAACUUCUUCCCCAUCUUCUUCCGCAACCAAUUCCGGACCAAGAUCGAACUUCCGAGCAAGUCACGAUACCCCGACGUCGAGGGGUUAUGUGGCAUCAUCACGGGGAGCAACACGGGGCUCGGCCACGAAGCGUCGAGCCAGCUCCUCUCACUGGGUCUGUCCCGCUUGAUAAUGGGGGUCCGUUCGAUUGCCCGCGGCGAAGCGGCCGCCAGUAAACUGCGCUCCGUCAACCCGUCGGCCAGGAUCGACGUGUGGGACCUCGACAUGGAAUCCUACGACUCGAUCCAAGCCUUUGCGCGCAGAGUCGCGACGGAGACGGAUCUUCCACGCAUUGACUUUGUCAUCCUGAACGCCGGCGUCGCACCCGUCACGUACACCACGACGAAAGCGACGGGCCACGAACAGACCAUUCAAGUCAACCACAUUGGGACGUUCCUCUUGAGCACACUCCUCCUACCCACGCUCCGGAAGAAGAAGACAGUACGUGACGACUCCCGGGGGCCCGGGUCUGGUAUUCCUGCGACCCUCACUAUCGUCAACUCGGUGACGGCACACCUGGCCAAGUUCCCCAACAAGGACUCCCGGCCACUUCUCCCUUCAUUCGACGACCCCAAAACCUACGACCCGCAAGAACGUUACGGCGUCUCCAAGCUCCUCAACCAACUAGCCACCGUCAGGCUUUGUGGAAUGGUCGACCCCGACGAUGUCAUCAUCAACAUGGUCGACCCGGGCUUGACGAAAAACACGAACCUGGCCCGAGACGCCAAGGGUGCCCUGGCCCUCGCGGUCAAGGUGUUUAAUGGCGUGGCGGGUCGACCACUAGACAGGGCCGCUUCGACCUACGUCUCCGCGGUUUUGGGAUACGGGAAAGAAAGUCACGGAUGUUUCAUGAUGAAUGGCAAGAUCGCACCCCUCUCUCGUUGGUACUAUAGUCCCGAAGGAAAGACGAUGACAGACGUCAUUUGGAAAGAGACAGCCAAGGAACUCGAGUCUGUUGUAAACCUCGAAGACAUCGUUGCCUCUUUGAAGCAUCAGUCUUGAGAGAUCAUGAUACUCAGGCAAGAGAAAAUGACCCAACCAAGUAUCGAUCAUGCUCUCGGGAGGAUUCAGUCCCGAGGACGGUGUCAAUUGCCCGAGGCCCGACAGACGGCAACAUGUAUACCUGUCUAGAUAGGUAUGGAAUGGAUUUUGGAGUUCAAUCGAGACUGGAUCGAGUGCAGCGGAGAUCUAAAAGUGUCGAACGAAGAUUCCAUACUCAAAUUACCAUCUAGGUAGGCAUAGAUACCUAGGUAUCUUACUGUUGUAAUC